UUAAAUUAAUUCACAUAUUGUGAUGGUGAACUGAAAAUGUUUCACCGAUUUCUGACAGAAUUGAAAAAUUAUUGUUGGCAGCACUCUAGAUAUGGCCGCUGUCACUGUCAACUCAGCUGUAAAUAAAUGGAUUGUUUUGCUAAUUGUUGUUUAUUUAUGCCUGCUGCAAAUAAAUUGUACUGCAAAUAUGAAAUCACAAUGUAUAAAAUUACAGUAACACUAGACCUACAUGAGUUUUAUUAAAUCUGACAUGAUGUUUAUUUCCAAGUAGUAAAAAAUGGAUAAUGUUAAUAUGAAGAACUGGGUAUCUCAUCCAGAAGUAUGCAGAUGUUGUCUGUCUGCAACUGGAACAUGGGAUGUGACUGCUUCCUACAUAUCUGAAAGCGGGAUGAAAGAAGUUUAUUUUGAAAUGUUGCAAGAAUGUUAUGGGCUUACCGUGAGUUUAUUUUCAAAGAAAAAAAUGCCAAAGCUGUCCCGAGUAAUGGAGUGGGGCCCCAGCAGGCUUGUGUGCGGGCAGUGUGUGAGACACUUGAGAGAUGCCUGCUCGUUUAAAAAGCAAGUGCUACUAGCGGAAUCUCUCUUUACUGACUACUGUGCCAAUAAGGACAAUUUACAUACACAAAGUGUAAAGAUAGAGAAGGAAACAAUAGAACUAUACAACACUGAACCUGUCAGCUUUACCUGUAAUGCAGAUGUUAUCAAUGAUGGUGAAAAUAAAGUAAAAGGGAAACCAAAUGUUAAUUUAGGAAAGACUGGAAAAGAUGAAAUUAUAUGCACAAAGAGACAAAGAUCACUAAUAAAAGAGAAGAGAAAGAGAAAAAUCAUUGAUUCUGAUAAUGAUAUCGACUCUGACACACCCAUUGCUGCACUGACAAGGAAGAACAAUAUUGAAUCGAAUGAAAUUGUGGCUAAAGAUCUUGGACAUAGAACCGAAAAUAAAACUGAAGAAAUUGCGAUACAAUUUAAAAGAAAAGCGAAGACAACCGCCGAAAAUUACGUCGAUAAUAGACGUCUGCGAUCAAAUAUAACUCUUCUACUAAAGAACUCUACAAUCGUGCCAUUUAAACACAUAAACAACACUAAGUAUAUUUGUCUAUACUGCGAUGCAAAUUUCUUAUUCUUCAAAGAAUUAAGAGAUCAUGUUGCAAAACAACAUUCAGAUAUAAAAGAGAGUGAUUUUAAGCAAUGUUUGAAAACACCAAAAGAUUUGGUCAAAGCGGAUAUAAGUGUAAUAGCAUGUAAAUUAUGCGGGGACUCAUUGAAAUGUAUUGAUAAAUUGGUCGAACAUCUCAUAGAAGCUCAUAGAAAAGUAUACCACCACACGCCGAGAUUCAAGCCGUCGCACGGCCUUUUAGGUUUUGAUAUGAGAUCCGACAAUUUGAAAUGUCACCAAUGCAGUAAAGAAUUUAGGUUCUUCAAAAAUUUAUCUGUGCAUAUGAACGAACACAGUGAUUACUUUAUGUGUCACGUGUGUGGCAAAAGAUUCGUGUCAGAGCACAGGCUGCAAACCCACGUGGCCACCCAUCGCGCCGUCAACGCAAGGUGCAAAUACUGCGAGAAAGAUUUUAAAAGUUUAUCCGCACGUAGCUACCACAUACGCAAAAUGCACAUCAACGCCAAGUUCAAAUGCACUGAAUGUUCUGAAACGUUUACUCAGUAUCAACAUAGACUGCGGCAUUUAGUGGACACUCAUAAUUUCAAGAAACCAGCGUUUAAAUGCGAUGUGUGCGCUAAACAUUUUGCGAGCUCUGGGGGGCUGCGCGCGCAUGUCCGUUAUUCACAUUUGAAAAACAAAGAAUAUUCAUGUCAAACCUGCGGCAAAGUAUUCGUUUACAAGUGGAUAUGGAAGCGUCAUCUAGACAUACACACUGGAGCCAAAAAUUUCGAAUGUAAACUCUGUAAUAAAAGAUUCGCGAAACCGUAUACACUACGGGUACACAUGAAAAUACAUCUAAAUGACAAGAAAUUCGUUUGUCCGGUGUGUAAAGUAGCUUUCGUACAGAAAACCAGCCUUGGAAAUCAUCUAAGGGUACAUCAUCCAGAUUUAAGUAUGGUAUGAAUUAGGUAGGUACGACCAAUGACUUUUUAUAUAUAGACGCGUCAUAGACUAACAAAUUUUCACAUAAAAACAACGCACUAUUUGCUAUAGUCACCUACAUAGCCCUAGCAGCUUCAGCCCCGUCGGCGCCACGACAGUCGAAUAAAAUGCAUUUAUUUAGUAGUUAAAAAUAAGUUAAAUAGUGUAUACUUACUUAUUACUAACAUAUGAAAUGGAACGUGAUUUUCAUUCACAGUUGGAGUAAUUUGUACAUCGUCUAAAACACAGGAAGGCAUUUUAUUUAUAAAACUACAAAAAGUUAGUAAGCCGACUUGCGACGACAAUGAUUGGAGGUGAACUAAGUGAAUGUCGGGCAAUUACCUUGCUUUACUCUUUCCAGUAUUGGCUUGGGAGCUUGGGCAACGUAUCUUUGUAAUAAAAACAUCUUAGGGUACGACAAUCAAAGAUGCGGAAAUGACAAUGUUUUAUUUAAGGUGGUAGCAAGUCGGUAUCCCUCGUCAAACGUAACAAUUUUUCAUUUUUGUACGGUGUUACAUUGCACCAUUGACUAUCUAGUACUUUUCCCCUUACUUUCGUACCUUCAAUUCUGAACAUUUUUCUGUGCCCGAAUACGAUAAGUAGGUAAUAUGUAUAGUAUGGUAAUAUGUAUGUAUAGGUGGUAUGUUAAAUUGUUAAGUAUUAUUAUUAAUCGAGGUCACUGGGCAUUGCUUUAAAAGCCACACAGCCAUAACAGAUUCAUGGAAAAUAAAAUAUGAACAUAAAUAGGUUCCUGUGAACAUGUUACACGAGAAGACUGGAAGAAUGGCAUAGUAAAUGCCAAAAAAAAAAAAUGAAUAUUGUGAGCGUCCACUUUGAUAAUAUAUGAAGCGAAUUUUCUCAGGGAUGUAUUACAGAUGUGCAGAACAUUUCAAACCACUCAGAAUUUGAUUACAGCGAUUGGAUCUUUACCCAAAUAAAUCAUCACCACAACCGAC